AUACUUCUACCUUCUUCAGUAGUUCAUCAAUGUCGCGAGCACCCCAAGAAACGUAGGAUCAUCCAAGCAAACCCGCCACCACCUGCCGGCCGGCCAUGGGCGGCGGCGGCGGCGGCACGCCGCGCAGCAGCAUCGGCCACAUCCUUCCCGGCGCCGGCUUCGUCGCCGUCGGCGUGUGGCACCUGUUCAACCACGUCAAGCUCUUCUCCCAGCGCCCGGACACCUACGUCGCGCCGGCGUGGUUCCCCGUGCCGGGCGCGCGCUACCUGGAGCUCGCCCUCAUCAUCGCCGGCAGCGGCGUGGAGUUCGCCAUGGAGAUGUUCGUCGGCCACUCGACGCUCCUCCCCUUCGCCGCCGACGGGUCCAUCCCUUCCGACCGCCUCCACAACCACGAGCACGCCAUCAUCUGCCUCUCCCUCGCCGUCUACGCGGCCGCCGCGCUCCACCUCGACCGCGCCCGCGCCCCGGCCCGCGGCACGCUCGGCCUCCUCCUCGUGGCGGCGGUGUUCGCGCAGGAGCUCCUCGUCUUCCACUUCCACUCCACCGACCACGCCGGCGUCGAGGGCCAGUUCCACUGGCUCCUGCAGGUGGUCGUCGCCGCGUGCCUCGCCACGUCGCUGCUCGGCGUCGGCUACCCGCGGAGCUUCGCCGUCGGCCUCGCCAGGUCGGCGUGCGUCGCCUUCCACGGGCUGUGGCUCGCCGUCAUAGGCGCCAUGGUGUGGGUGCCCAGCCUCGUGCCCAGGGGCUGCGAGCUGGUGCGCGAGGACGGCCGCGACACCGUGCGCUGCCGCAGCAAGGAGAGCCUCCACCGCGCCAAAGCGCUCGCCAACCUGCAGUUCGGGUGGUACCUCUCGUUCAUGACGGUGUUCGUCGUCGCACUCUACCUGUACGUGAGCAACAGGUACCCCGCCGCAGAGGAGGCGGCGUACGCGCCACUGCAGAAAGCCGGCGCCGGAGACGGUGACGACGACGGCGAUGACGACGCGCACAAGGGUGGCGGCGCCGGCGUGCAUGGGUUCGCUGCGUUGGAGAUAGAGGUUUGAUUGGCAAAAUUGUAGGACAGAGGUUUCUGUGUGAAGAGGAUUUUGAUCGCUCGGGGGAUAUCCCUUCGUUUUUUACAUGUCACUUAAAUGGUUAUGAAAAAAAUUUAAAAAAAUUGAGAAGAUGUAUUAACAUGUGAUAUAUCACUCUAUAAAUAUUCAAGUAAAAAUUCUUCUACAUCUCGCAACGAAAAAAAAAAUAAAUUUGACUCUGAAUAUACGUUAAGUAGCUCCGGUUUAAUUUGUUUUCUUCGUUACAAGAUGUAGAAGUUAAAUUUUUACUUGCAUGUUUGUGGAGUGUUAUAUUACAUGUUAAUACACAUUCUCAAUUUUUUUUCAAAUAUUUCAUAACCAUUUAAGUAACAUAUAAAGAACGAGGGGAUAUCCCCUCGAGGGAUUAAAAUAGUUUCCCGUUUCUGUGUACAGUUGCUUGUAUUGAUCGAUCAAAGUGCAAUGAAUUUCGUUUGAAGAA